AGAAAAUUGCGCGAGCUCCAUGUUAAUUAAUAUCUGACACUUGGACUCGAAGCCUGCAUAAACUGUGAUUUUCAAUCAACGACAAUCCAAUUGGUUUUCGUUGUAUAGCUAAGAGAUUUGGAUGAGACACGUAUAGAUAUGUGUGGCUCAUCGGUUUCCACGACUGCCCGCAACACGAAGCCAAGCCAAGCAUUUUGGAGGCAAGCUUCCUGUGAAAACCCCACCAACACAUCCAAAACCCCCAUGCUUACCACCUUUUGAAAUUUUAGCUUAAACCCAGUGCUCCUUUGAUCUCCUCCCUCUUGAUCGAAUCACAAGUUUGAUUCAAUGUCGUCCAUGUCUAGAUUUUCUGUAAAGGAUUUCAAGUUAAGAACAUGUGACGCUUUCUGCAGGCCAAGCUCUUCUCUAUCUGCAAGGAGGCUGCAAACUCAUCUGGAUCUUAGAGGUUUACUUUCUGUGCCUGAGAAUGGAAGAAGUUGUGCAAUCCAAAGCAAGCCAUGGAGUCCCAUCGUUGUGCAAUCCAAAUCAAGGAACUCUGAAGUUUUGUGCAAGGCUUCAACAAAUUUAUCUGGAGAUCUUCCCGGUAGCACUUCUAGUGGGAUGAGCCAGUAUGAGAGAAUAAUUGAAACUUUGACAACUCUAUUUCCUGUGUGGGUCAUAUUGGGCACCAUCCUGGGGAUCUACAAGCCAUCUGCUGUAACUUGGUUGGAGACAGACCUUUUCACACUUGGACUGGGUUUCCUCAUGCUUUCUAUGGGUUUGACAUUGACCUUCGAGGAUUUUAGACGAUGUUUACGUAAUCCUUGGACUGUCGGUGUAGGAUUUCUUGCACAGUACAUGAUAAAACCUCUGCUAGGCUUUGUCAUUGCCCUGACGCUAAAACUUUCUGCACCUAUUGCGACUGGUCUUAUCUUGGUCUCAUGCUGUCCUGGUGGUCAGGCAUCAAAUGUUGCAACUUAUAUAUCUAAAGGAAAUGUUGCACUUUCUGUUCUCAUGACAACGUGUUCAACAAUAGGAGCUAUUAUUAUGACACCGCUUCUUACCAAGCUUCUUGCUGGCCAGCUUGUUCCAGUUGAUGCUGCGGGCCUAGCAAUCAGCACUUUCCAGGUUGUUUUAAUGCCAACAAUUGUUGGAGUACUGGCAAAUGAGUUCUUCCCCAAAGUCACUUCAAAAAUAGCCUCAGUGACUCCUUUAAUUGGAGUAAUUCUCACCACUCUACUCUGUGCUAGCCCGAUCGGGCAAGUUUCUGAAGUCUUGAAAGCACAAGGGGCACAACUAAUACUCCCGGUGGCUGUUCUACAUGGUGCUGCAUUUGCUAUUGGUUAUUUUGUUUCAAAAAUAUCAUUUGGUGAAUCUACUUCUCGUACCAUAUCCAUAGAGUGUGGGAUGCAGAGCUCAGCACUUGGGUUUUUACUUGCUCAAAAGCAUUUUACAAACCCCCUUGUAGCUGUCCCUUCUGCUGUUAGUGUUGUUUGUAUGGCGCUUGGUGGGAGUGCUCUUGCUGUGUUUUGGAGAAACACACCAAUUCCUGUUGAUGACAAGGAUGAUUUCAAAGAAUAAUUGGAGAGAUCAUGGCCUUCUUUUUUGUCUUUCUUUUUGGGUAAAAUUCUUUUUUGUCUUGGUACCCUUUCUUUCUAUAAUAAUUGCUUGUUAGAGAGAGAUGGUUAACUUUUUUAUAUUAGAAAGUCAUAUUUGCAUCCAGACGAAAAAAAGAAGAAGUCAUAUUAUGUGAAUGGAAAAGCUUUGGAUUGAGGUACAAAAA